AUGGGUAAUUGCAGCACCAAAAAGAAAGUCAAAAAAGAUGUAGAAGUACUUGUAUCUACAUAAGGACCCGAGGAAAAACCUAGAAUUGAUAGAAAAUAAUAAAAGUCUUACACAUUUACUCCUAUUCUUGCUAGAUCACUUUUACCGGACACAGUUAAUGAGUCCGUUAUUUCAAUACGUUCCACCAAAAAAUUUAUUGAUUCAUCGAAAUAACAAAUCUAAAUUCGAGCUGGACUCUUGAGAGUUUAUACCAUAUUAGGAGCCAAACCAGACUCUUAUUUAGAAAAAUUGGAUGAUAAACAAAUAAGGAUAGUCCAACACAAUAUAAGUGGAAUUAAAAAGAGAGUAGAAACAAUCAAUAAAUUUGAUACUUCUACACAGAAUUUUAUUCUCAAAAUCUAAAAAACCAGAUUAUAAAAUGAUUAUAUCUGUCCAAUAACUAAUAUUUAUGAAGACUCUGAUAAAUACUACCUGUUAUCCGACUAUUGUAGUGGUGGCAGUUUAGCUGCAUUAAAGGGAAAGUUAUAGGAUAGUUAAGUGACUAUCCUAUUAAACUAGAUGGUCACAGCCAUUUCUUAUUUGCAUUCCAAAAAGAUGGUUCAUGGUAAGUUGUCUUUGGAUAGUUUUCAUUUAUUAAGUGAUUUAAAUAGUUUAUUUUGUAAGAUGGUUGAUGCAAACAGUUUAUUUUAUGGGAAAGAGUAGGUUAAGAUAGAACCAUCAUUAGAAGAUUACGCAGAUGAUGUCUAUGCUUUAGGGACGAUCGGUUAUUAAUUAUUGACUGGUUUAAUUCCUUAUUAGAUUAAAAACUAUAAAUAAUAAGAAGAUGGAGAAAAUGAACUCAUCUUAUAUUUUAGUGAAGGAACUUCAACUACUUUAAAAUCAAUACUGAAGAAAAUGUUAGACAAGAAUAGAAGUGAGAGAAUUACUUUGGAAGAAGUUAAAAGAUAAUUAUCUAAAAAUGAUAUGAGACAUAAGUACUCGGAUUUCUUAAUAAAGCCUUUGUAUUAUUUAUCAAAAUGUAAACAAAGGAAUUAUUUUCACGUUGUAAUUCUGGCUUUUAUGCUGAACAAAUUCAAUUAGGAAGAAGAAUGCAUUUUAUAGAAAAUCUUCAAUGAUGCAGACCUUGAUUAAGAUGGAUUAUUGAUGAAAGACGACAUCAUUCGAUUAUAUAAAUCUAUAGUUGAGUAUGAGACUAUAAAUGUCGAUAUUCAACAAUUAUUUUAAAAAUUAGAUGUAAAAAACAAAGAAGCAUUAGAUAUAAAGGAGUUUAUAUCAGCAGCAUUAAACCUCGAUGAGUUAUUGUCGUAAACAUAUUUAGAGGCCUGCUUUAAAUAUUUAUAGAAUCAAAGAGGGCAAAUUACAUGCAAUAGUGUCAAAAAACAUAUUGAGAUUAACGAAUAAUUGUUCAAUUCGACUUUAGAGGACAUCAAUGGGCAAUUCAAGGUAAAUUAUACUGAAUUUACUGAGAUAAUGAGAUAAUUAUAAUGA